AUGUUGACCAAGAGCCUUUUCGCGACCUCCAUCCUUGCAGCAUGCGCUGCGGCCGCUCCCAGGCCUCAAGAUGGCAACGUCUCAGGCUACACCAACGCGGAUGCUAGCUUCUCGGUCACCUUUGAACCAGCCGAGACACCGGCCACAGUCUUUGGCCCUGCCUCCCAGGCCAUACCCACCGCACCCGGCUCAGCACCUCCUCGCAGGAGCUCAGACGUGACUGGUGCUACCAGCCACGGCCCUUACUCAGGCACUCCCACUACUACCGGAGCUGAAAAGGCGCCUACUACCCUUGGUACUGCCAUAGCACCACUGCCACCAAACCCAACUGCUACCUACUACAACACCAAUGGCAAGCCUCAGGACCCAAUGCCCAUCCCCUACAUGCCGGCCGGUGGACUCGGCACCAACGGUACUCUACCUCGCUACAUGGUGAAUAGCGACUUUGACUACGAGUCCAUCACCCUUGGUCUGUACCAGGAAUGGAUUGAGCUUGACCUGUUCAACAACGGUCUUGCCGUCUUCUCCGAGCAGGACUUCCUCGACGCUGGUCUUACUGCUGAGGACCGUGCCUACAUUGCCUUUAUGGCUAUCCAGGAAACUGGCCAUGCCACUCUUCUUACCAACAUGCUUGGCGAGACUGCUCCUCCCCAGUGCACGUACAACUACCCAUUCCGCACUGUCCGCGAAUUUCUCGACUUCAACAUGAAGGUCACCCGCUGGGGUGAGUCUGGUGUCUGGGGUUUCCUCGCCCACCUCGACGCUCGUGAGGUUGCCAACCUCCUAUCCCAGUCGAUUGCUACCGAGGCCCGCCAACAAAUCUCUUUCCGCCAGAUGAUGGGCCUUCCUCCCAUGCCCGUAUGGUUCGAGACUGGCAUUCCUCAGUCAUGGCAAUGGACCUACCUCGCCCCGUACAUCAGCUCCUGUCCGGAGAACACGACUCGCCUCGCAUGGCAGAACUUCCCAGCUCUGUUCAUUGACAACCAGCCCAACCCCAACCGCUUCUCUCCUAACGACACCCAGCCCAACGAGGUUGCUGGCGACCGCCCCUCGGACCCUUCAGACUCGACCAUCCCUCCUGGUGAGAGCUGUGUCAACGUCAACGGCACCGAGCACCCCGGAUACUCUUGUGGCCCUGCCGUUGCCCGCAAUCGCAGCGAGCCCCUUUCCUUCCCCGGCAAGCUUGUCAACCUGACGUGGGAGAACCCCGGCAAGCCCGUCGGCCCUAACAUGUCCUACAUUACCGACACGGUUGCCGGCGCCCCCGCCUUUGUCGCUUGGGUCUCGCAGCUCAACCUCACCUACACGCCCCUCGAGAUCACCGGCAACAACACUGGAUACACGUACCAGCCUGCCAGCGAGGUCUACCAGGGCGACCCAGCCGCCAACGAUACCAUGUUCCUUGCCCUGACCGACUCGGACCCGUUCCUGACUCCCUUCAACCUCAGCAUGAUCAACCCUCAUGUUGUUGCUCUCGGUCUGUACCAGGCUGGCUAAAGCGUGUGUCGGUGUAACGCGCAUGUAGAUACUUAUAAGCUAUACUUAAUUACGCUCUGUAUGAUUACUGGAAAGGUCAGGGAAAGCUAGUAGUUUAAU